UUUUCAGUACCUACAGUAUAUAGGAACAUAGUAGAAACCUACUGUAGUAAAAACUAACAAUACCGCUUCUAGUUAGUGAAAAGUCACCAGCCAGUUAGCGGUUUGUUGAGCUACAUAAACUGGGCUAAUUAAUUAAUAAAGCAGCUGGUUAUCUACAGUAUAUAUUGCUUGUGCUUGACAUUAGGAUGCAGUUAGCAGCUCGACAGUCCUGCUGAUGUUUAGUGUGAUAUUUUUUUGACACUGAGCUUCAGUGAAAACACCUCCAGCCUGUUUGCAGGGUGGAGAGAUGAUGUUCACCGAGUGCUACCGGGACAGCUGCUCGGCGGUGGCGCUGGCAGCGAGAAGAGGAGACUGCAGGCUCCUACAGAGACUCCUGAGGAAAGGACACUCGGUCGAUGUGAAAGAUAACCGCGGCUGGAGCGCGUUACAUGAAGCUGCUGCUGGAGGACAUGCGCAGUGUGUGCGCCUUCUGCUUAGCGCUUCCGAUAGCUGUGAAGACUAUGUGAACUCACUGACGAACGACUCCGAAACACCUUUGUAUUUUGCGGCAAGGAACGGCCACCUCCAGACAGUACGGCACCUCAUACGGGCUGGGGCAGAUCUUAACAAGAUGACGAACGAGUACUGCACCCCACUCUUUGAUGCUGUGGGUAGUGGCCAUAAAGAAGUCGUGGAGCUGUUAGUCAGCGAAGGAGCAGAGGUUAAUGAAAGAUGCUUCAUCCCGGGCUGGUCCUGUCUUCAUCAUGCUGUUUAUAAGGGCCACUCGGAGAUUGUAAAAUUUCUACUAAGCCUGUGUUCUCUUGAGGCUGUGGAUUAUGAUGGGUUUACGCCACUGGGUCUUGCUGCACAGUAUGGACAGCACCACUGUCUAGAGAUCCUUAUCAAUGCUGGUGCGAAUGUGAAUUUUCAGGCGAAGGACAUGGCCACCCCACUUUUCUUUGCAGCUCAGGGAGGCCAUUUAUCAUGUGUGGAGCUCCUCCUGGCCCAUAAGGCGGACCCAAACCUCUACAGUAAUAGGAAUCAGUGGGAGCUUCCCAUCCACACUGCAGCCUGGUUCAGUCACAUUAGUAUUCUAGAGAAGUUGAUCCCGGUGACAGACCGGGAGUGUAACCGGGGAGAGGGAAAGGUCAGUCCAGUGUAUCUGGCAGUGCAGAGUGGUCAAGCAGAAAGCCUUCGGCUUCUACUCAGAGAGGGCUACAGUCCACAUGCUCAGAGCUGCAGGGAGUUUGGAUAUUCCUGCCCACUGGACAUGGCUGUCUGCUGUAAUUCUUUGCACCUCGGCAAUGAUUUCCACCUGAUUCAAGAGAUCGUGAAGAUUCUACUUGCUGAUGGCGCUCAUGUCAGUCUGGCUACAUACAUAUUAGCAUUAAACAGCCGCGUACCUGAACAUCUGUCGCUCAUCCUGGAACAUGCUGGCCUGCCUAAGGGCGAGCAGCUGGAGGCACUGGUUCAGGCAGCGCUUGAUAAAGUGGCCAAUGCUUCAUGUUGGCUUCCAAAGCUGCUCAAAGCAGGACUAGACCCUCUACGAUUUCUUCAGCAGAAAAUGCUAGAAGAGGCGGAGUCGAGCAUACUGAAUUUCUUCCUGGAGUUUAUUAACUGGAAAACCCUGCCCUCCAUAUUGCUUCGCAUCCUUUCUCAGCGCAGAGCAGAGGGCACCUGGAGGCCACAUAAGCAUUUUGAGUGUGUUCCUGAUCUGACUCAUCUGUGCAGACUCGCUGUAAGAGCUACAGUAGGCAGCGACGCUUUGUCUAAACCCUCUUUCGUUCAGCAACUACCUGUUCCCGCACUUCUUCACGACUACCUCCAGUUCAACGACAUCUCGAGCACGUACACCUUCAAAGCCUCAUCUAACCAAGAAUCAGAUAAUUAAGUGAUCUCACACAUUUCGAUUUUGUAUAUAGUAUAUGUUAAUAAAACCUUUGGACACUGCUGAAAUCA